CGUAGAGGGCCCCGGCACUCCAGGCUGCGCAGGCGCAUGAGCGGCUCCCGGCGAGUCCCGACGGCGGCGGCGGCUACUGAGGGGCCGGGGCGUGGAGCAGCGGUGGCGGCGGCGGGCGGCAACGGAGCAGCCAUGAGGGCCGUGCCCAGUCACCGACAUGUGAGUGACUGCCCCAUGUUGUGUUGAUGCCAGUCUGCCAUGCUCGCCUGUCUGCCAGGGCCAGGUGACCUGUCCUUUCAGCUUCUUUCUCACACGCAGAUGAACACUGGACUUCAGAAAUGGGACACUCCACAGAAAAUGAGAGCUGCUCACUAUCCUACCCCAGCCGAAUUGGACGCGUAUGCUAAGAAGGUCGCAAACAACCCACUGACUAUAAAAAUCUUCCCCAACAGUGUGAAGGUUCCCCAGCGGAAACACGUUCGUCGUACUGUGAACGGCCUCGACACGUCAGCUCAGCGCUACAGCCCCUACCCGACUCAGGCUGCCACCAAGGCAGGCCUGCUUGCCAUUGUCAAAGUGCCAGCCAAAAGCAUACUCAAGGACUUUGACGGCACCCGAGCCCGACUGCUCCCUGAGGCCACCAUGAAUCCCCCAGUGGCGCCCUGUGCUACUGUGGCACCCAGCACUUUAGCCCAGGCCCAGGCCCAGGCUCUGGCCCGCCAGCAGGCCCUGCAGCAUGCACAGACCCUGGCCCAUGCCCCUCCCCAGACGCUGCCGCACCCUCAGGGUAUCCCGCCACCCCAGGCCCUGGCCCACCCUCAGAGCCUCCAGCAGCCUCAGGGCCUGGGCCACCCUCAGCCCAUGGCCCAAACCCAGGGCCUGGUCCACCCUCCGGCCCUAUCUCACCAGGGUCUCCAGCACCCCCCCAAUCCCUUGCUGCAUGGAGGUCGGAAGAUGCCAGACUCAGAUGCCCCCCCGAAUGUGACCGUGUCUACCUCAACUAUCCCCCUUUCGAUGGCGGCCACCCUGCAGCACAGCCAGCCCCCGGACCUGAGCAGCAUCGUGCACCAGAUCAACCAGUUUUGCCAGACGAGGGCAGGCAUCAGCACUACCUCAGUGUGUGAGGGCCAGAUCGCCAACCCCAGCCCCAUUAGUCGCAGUCUGCUCAUCAAUGCAAGCACCCGGGUGUCGACCCACAGCGUCCCUACGCCAAUGCCUUCAUGUGUGGUCAAUCCCAUGGAGCACACCCAUGCGGCCACAGCCGCGUUGCCUGCCGCAGGCCCUGUCAACCUGCCCACGGGCAUCUCUCGAGCCCCCACUGGCUACCCUAGCGACCUCAAGCCAGUCGCCUGGAACCAGCACCAGCUGGCCCACCUACAGCAGAUGUGCAGUGAGGCUGGUGGGACGCCAGCCCCUGGCCUGACAGGCAAGCAUGCAGCAGGACGUGAGUUGGCAGGGCCUGGCUUCGUGGGCAAGGCCCCUGCCUACCCGCAGGAACUCUGCCUGGCACAGUCCUUCCAUCUGAAGCCACCCCUGGAGAAGCCAACCCCAUCCCCACCCGUCAACGGCCUGGCAGCCCCACUGGCCUACCCCAAUGGUCACUACUUCCAACCCCUGUGGAACAACAUUCUGCCCACCCCCAAUAGCGACAGCUCGGGGUCUCAGGACCUCGCCAUGCCGUUCCAUGGUGGGCAGCCCACGGGUGCACCCCUCGACUGUGGGACGGCUGCUGGGGCCCACUACCGAGCAGGGACCGGGGGCGGUCCAGUGGCAAGCCAGAACAGCUUGAUGCAAACGGUGGAUUACCUAAGCGGGGAUUUCCAGCAGGCCUGCUUUCGAGAACAGAGCCUGGCCAUGCUGAGCAAGGCCCACCGAGCCCCUGGCAGUCGAGCCCCUGAGCCCGCAGAUAGUCGAAAUCUUCAUAUUCAGCACCCUGGGUAUAGAUAGGGAGCCCUGGUGCCCUCCACAAGCUACAGAUCGUACGUCACCCUCCUAGGUUUAGACUUACUUUUGAGUAAUUGGAUAGUUUCAAAAUUUCACCGCUCCAAUGUGAUCAUUCUUAUAUGUCUAAGAAAGGGAAUUUGGUGGGAUCUAAUUGGGGACAGCAGGGGAUCCCCUGUGCCCUCAUCUUCCCCUCCACCAUCCCCAGCAACUUCUGGGUUUAUGUGAGGACCUAACCUCAACUCCAGGCUAUUCUCUCUGCUGCCUCUCAGUCCCUUCACCUUGGCCAUUUCCCACCAACCACCUCCCGUCUUUUCUUGCACCUCUGCCUGUUUUCCUUAGGACUGAGGUGUGGGGAAGGGAAGGGCCCUGGGGAAGGUGGCUGUGGUGCCCGGCCCCUCUCCCUGUCUGUCUCUGUCUCUUUGGGACUAAGAAGCCAGACUUCCUAAGUGCUCUGGAAGCUAAUUCCUUACUCACCCAAAGAUCUCAAAGCAUAACAGACCCAGUCUUCACCUCCUCCCACCCCUCUCCAUUCCUCAGGGCUUUGUGGUACACCUACGUUGAUUCUGGGAGCCACUGCACUUGUCCUUGCUACCCUCCUCAAGGGCACCCUGCAGGCACUUGGCCAUAGCCUAAAGGCAUGGGGAGAUCUUUGUAUUGGCAUCUUAUUAGUUCCUGACUGCCCCCUCUUCCAGCCCUGGAGAAAGGUAGUAAGGUAGUGACCAUUGAGCAUACCCAAGAUCCCUUUCUCACUGUUGUCUCUCCUAACUUACCUGCUGCUCCCAUCCCUCGUGCCCUGCCAGAAACCAAGCAAAACAAAACAGGAUCUUGAGGAACUAACUAGGUAAAGGAUGAUCACAUUGGAGUUCGGAAUUAAAAACACCAAAAAAAAGAAAAAAGAAAAAAGAAAAAAAAAAAGUUAAAAUGCAUUUGGUUCUCUCUACACUGGCUAAGAAUAUUGCUCUACACUGUAAGUUUUAAAUGUCCUGUUUCUGUAUGAAUGUAGUGUGGGUUUGAGUAGCAUUGUGUGAGCGGCCCCACAGGUACAUUCACCUUCUCGUCACCUCCUCUUGCAGCCCCUCAGUUUAAUGAAGAAAGAAAGAAAAAAAAAAAACAAAACACAAAGCCUUAAGCUCUUUGAAUUCUUCCUUUACCAAAUGAGCAUGGUUCUAACAGCUGGAGGCGGACCUCCGUGGGAAACGGCCCCUCCUGCCCUUGCCCGCCGCCCUUCACACGCUCAUCCUUCACCCCAUGCUCAGUGUGUCUCAUUCCCAAGUGGCAAAUAGUUGGCUAGAAAUUUAAAACUUUUCUGUAACUUUAAAUUUAGAUCAUGUUUUGUAAUUUUUUGCACCCUUCUGUUAAAGAUACAUAGUUGGGCUCUGACUUUUUUUUUUUUAAACCAAAUUAAGCCCUUACCUUUCGUCUUGUCUCUGGGGAAUGUGAGCUGAUGUUCUUAUUUAAGAUUUGGGGUUUUGUUUACUAUCCACUGUUCUUUAGCCAGAAAUUCUCUAGUGAUCUGAAGCAAUGUGACUGAAGACCAGUUUUUAAAUUAUGUGUUGGCAAGUUGCCUUAUAUUUAAAAAGAGAAAAAAAAAAAAAGAAAAAAUGCCUGAUUGUGUUAUGCCAAAUGAUAGCAACAUGAAGUCCUAAUUUAUUGUUCCUGAUUUCCCUGCUGUCUGUGAACACUGGUACCUCCCUGUCCCUGAGCCCUCGGGGGUACCUGCAGCUUCUGGGCAGGUCCGCCCCCCAAGGCAUUGACCACCGUCUCACCCAGGGCCCCCUUCCUGUUCUCGCUUCUUGGAGUUAUAUUUUAAGAGCACCACUGUCUCCCCUUAUCCCUUGUUUGAUCUCCAAACCAGAUAUUUUUGCCGCAAUUUUUUCCAAUGCCUCUCCCUGAAAGGUGAGCUGCCAUCUUAGGAAAUUGACCAGACACCAACUUGGGGGCUUUAAAUCAAACCUCAAACCCUCAAAUCUCUUCCUGUGUAGGGGUGCAAAUCUCUGAAGCUCUCACUCCCACCCCUAGUCUGCAUGGAAAAUGUACUGUGACCCCCCCCCCAACUGCCCUUGCCUUUGGUGUGAGAUGUUUCCUAGUUCACCCUGAGCCCCUCUCCCCCUCUGCCAGCCAACCCCCAACCAGCAAUAAGGGUCCAAGCCAGGGCCUCGUAUCCACACUCCCUGCCUCCACCCCACACUGCCCCUAGGGAAUACCGGAUUCCGUACGCUGUCCACAUACUGUAGCAUUCAUUCUCCAGCUCCCUCAUCUUCUCACCUGUGGUGGUUUAUGGGUGUGAUGGGGUUUUUAAGAUUAUUAUAAACCAGUAAAAAGAAAAAACUCA